GUGAGUUCCAAAAGGCGAUCCGGUUCCAAGCGGGCCCCAAGGAAACCGCCGACAACCUGCUUUUUUGAUACGAAAACCAUAUUUUCAGCAGAUGUACUCGAAAAGGCCAUGAUUUAUGCUGCAGAAACAACUCCAGGAGCUUGUGCAAACGCUCGCUUCAGGGAAGAACACACUCAACGGUUUUUACCGCAACAUUCAGGAAGUAAUCACCCGUCUGAUUAAAAUCGUCACGAAUGCCAAAAGGAAAAGUCAUUGAAGUUCGUCCGAAGAAGCGAAAAUCUGGUCAUCGACCGGAGGAACCAUCUACACCAACUGAAUCCCGUCAGCAAAAGCGUGACCAUGACCAUACAUCCCACUCCAGCGUUGACAGGAUACGGUUGACCAAAUCCAAGGGACGUUCCCAUGGAGAGAAACACUUCCUUGGGGAUCUUCCAUUUAGUGGGAAGUUACAAAAACGAAUGUUUCUGGGUACGAUCGUGGCUUGCCUGAUGGCAGCCAUCGUCAGUAUAGCGUUUCAGCAAUACACAAAAUGGCACCGUGCCUACCUGGUUAAGACUCCCUUGGAUUCACCCAAAAUAGUUUCCGAUGAUUCAAGCUCACAAGAGCUGUUUUGGGGCAGCUACCGACCAGGUUUGUAUUUUGGCAUGAAGCAUCGUAGCCCGAGACCGCUAAUGGUUGGGCUUAUCUGGACCAUCCAGGACUACAGGAGUCCACGCUUCCGGCAUUUGUGCGAUCCAAAUGACGGUGUUUUAAGUUAUAACUGGCUGGAACACGACGGUCGUCGCUUUGGCACACAACAAAUAGUUGACCUCGACCAUAUCAUUACUGUUUCAUUCGUCAAACAAAACACUGGCGCCACUGGUGGAGACUGGACUAUUCGCAUAUCCGCGGCUGCCAGGAAUCAGACGCAUUCUACGCCACCACCACUAUCUAUCAUUGUCUAUUUGUAUUACACGGAGAAGAAGAAAAACUACUAUUUCGUCCCUCUGGCGGAUGGUGAUGCUGUCCGAACAAUCAAGGGCACCACAGUUGAACUGGGGGAGCAUCAAAUCCACUUCCACUCCACAAAGCGCGCUCGCCAAACCAGCUUUUACAUGACCCACAUUCCAAGUGAAGAUGCUGUAAUGCAAUCAUUAUAUUCUGGCUUGGGAGUCAGGAAGGACACAAAUAUGCUAACUCUGAUACAUCGUCCGGAAAAGUUGAACGAGGACGUGUUCCCAAACGCGUUUUUCCACGAAGUGUCCGUCGAUCCGCCAGUGAUGACUGAUCCGUUCGAGGCUGCUGAUCCGGAACAUACUGUACUCGAGAUAGAGUUUACUCAAUCCGGUCGCUCUGGUGGUUUCCUCGUCGGACGAAGUUUCACUGAGCAGCUUGCAUCACUCUCAGCAGAUUUCCACAAACGAUUUGCUCAACGUUUCCCUGUCGAUUUAACCAAGUUUACAGAGAGACAGGCCAACCUCUCUAAGGUCGCGGUUAGCAAUCUCCUUGGUGGUAUCGGCUACUUUUAUGGCCAUUCUUUGAUUCAAUCACCUCACACCGGCCCAGAACCAGUUGAAGGCUGGUCCGCACCGUUAUUUACCGCUACACCUUCGCGUUCGAUGUUCCCACGUGGAUUUCUAUGGGACGAAGGUUUCCAUGGCCUUGUUCUGGCACGCUGGGAUCCGGAAUUAGCCAUGGAAACUGUCGGCCAUUGGUUAGAUCUGAUGAAUGGCGAUGGGUGGAUUGCACGUGAGCAGAUCCUGGGACCCGAAGCACGAUCUCGCGUGCCUGCACAGUUUGUCGUCCAGCAUGAUUCGGUCGCUAAUCCACCGACGUUGGUUUUGGUCAUCGAGGCACUCAUUGAAAGCAUUCCGAGGUUUACGGCUGACGAAGCCGCACGUUUCCGACAUUGGUCUACCCUGGUUUUGCCCCGACUGCACAAAUGGUAUCAGUGGUUCAAUCGCACUCAGGCCGGGCCCGUUCCGUUGAGCUACCGAUGGCGUGGGCGUGAUCCAAAAGCAAUUCAUCAAUUAAAUCCUCUGACUCUCAGCUCGGGAUUCGACGACUUCCCCCGUGCCUCACAUCCAACAGACUCAGAGCGCCACCUGGACCUUCGCUGUUGGAUGACUGUGUUUGCGCGCACAGUAUCCCGGCUUGCUUCUCUGGUGGGACAGUACUUGCAAACCGAGUCAGGUGCUAGUAGGCUACAACGGCUUGAAGAAGCCCGAACUUUGGCUACACACUACGGGCGGUGGGCCGAUCUGCUAUCCAACAUGGCCAAUUUGGAUGAGUUACAUUGGUCCGAAGUUGUUGGACGGUAUGCAGACUAUGGCUUGCAUACUGAUGCUGUUCGUCUAGAAGUUCCUGAAACACCUGCACAACUACAUCAAACUCCCCCUCUGGAGCCGCGGAAGCCAGUCCGUGUUAUCGACAAACCUCCAGCGCUACAGUUGGUCACCUCUUCGUACGGUUACCUGAAUUUGUUCCCUUUAUUACUGCGAAUCAUUCCACCUACGUCCCCUCGGUUGCCUCGUCUCAUGGCCGAUUUGUCCAACCGUGAUCUAUGGACUGAUUUCGGAAUCCGAUCGUUGGCUGCGUCUACCGCGUUCUAUCGCAAACCAAAUACACCACAGGACCCACCUUAUUGGCGUGGUGCGAUCUGGAUAAAUAUGAACUAUUUGGCUGUGCGUGCCCUCCGAUACUAUGCGACCAAUCCAAAAACCCCAGCCGACAUUGCGGCGGAAGCCAGUCGGUUGUCUGGUCAGCUAGCACAGAACCUUGCUCGGACUGUUCUAGGUGAACUUGAGCGAACUGGCUUCCUAUGGGAGCAAUUUGAUGAUAGUACUGGCCGAGGUCAACGCGGUCAUCCGUUUGCCGGCUGGACAACUUUGAUAAGUUUGAUCCUUACUGAAUAGGGUCUCAUUCUGUGCUUUUACGCCCUCCCUCGUCCGGUUCCUUUCGUUUUUUUUGUGGUUCAUGUUGUGUUGACUGUUUUUUCUUGCUCUUUUAUUCUCCUUGUUUACCGUACAUUUAUUGUUGAUGAUGUUUUGGAUUGAAGUACACUUAUAG